AAGGGAGCUCCCUUUCUCAAGGGCACGCCACCAAAGUAACCCCCAGUCCCAAUCCCUCUCUAUAUAUAUCUCUCUUCACCCCUGUGGUCUUUUGCAGAGAAAGGGUGGUCUAGAAAGCAAGAAAGGAAAGAGAAGGGAAAGAGAUAAAAGGUAAAACAAGAUGAUGAAGUUGAAGUCAAGAAGGCUUUUCAGGAGUUGCAGCGCAAAGCUUGGAGGAGGAGAAAGAGUGAUAAACAGUAACAAGGCUUGUCAUGGAGGAGGAGAGAUAGAGUGGGAAGUGAGACCAGGAGGAAUGCUAGUUCAGAAAAGGGAAAGUUGCAAAGGUGGUGGAGAGCUCAUUAGAGUAAGAGUUUCCAUGGGAUCUCAUUGCCAUGAUAUCUCCAUUGGAGCCACCUCCACAUUUGGGGAGUUGAAGGUGGUGCUGUCUUUGGUGACAGGGUUGGAGCCAAGAGCUCAGAGGAUUUUGUAUAGAGGGAAAGAAAGGGAGGAUGUGGAUCAUUUGCAUAUGGUUGGGAUUAAAGAUUCAGAUAAAGUGCUGCUUUUGGAGGACCCUGCCAUUAAAGAUAAGAAAUUGAGAGCCAUGAUGGAAAGGAAUCCUUGCAAUACUGCUAUUAAGGUGUGAGCUUUGAAGCAAAAAAUAUAUAUACCUAUAUAUAUAUAUAUAUAUAUAUAUGUGCUAACAAUAUAUAAGGUAGUGAGAUGAUGGUUUGGUUGGUCUUCCUCUGUUUUUUGAAGUAAUGGAGACUCAAUUAAAUUGAAGUCCGGUUUGAUGUAGUGACUAUAUAAUAUAUAUAUAGAGAGAGAUGUCAUGGGAGGUGCUAAUUGUAAUUGUUGCAUCCCCAAAAUCUAUAUAUAUAUAUAUGUAUGAGUUGUGUUUGUAGCUUCUCAGUGUAUUUGAAUGUGUUAAAAACUGUUGGUUUUCCU